AUGGGGCAUCCACAGCUUCUCCGGCAACCCGUUCCAGCGCCUCACCACCCUCACAUGGGGGGCAGCCAGAACCUGCGAGCAUACUGGCCCCACUACCUGAGCCAGGCCCAUGUGCUGGUGUUCGUGGUGGACUCGGUGGACAGGUCGCGCCUGCUGACGGCACGCACGCUGCUGGCUGCGGAGCCCCGGCUGCCCCUGGUUGUGCUGGCCAACAAGCAGGAUAAGAGCAACGCCCUGAGUGCGGCAGAGCUGCGGGAGGAGCUGGCCCUGCACACGCUCAGCGGGCAGCGGGAGCUCUUCCUCCUGCCCACCAGCGCGACCUGGGCCAGCCUGAGCACUGCCACCAGUGUCCUCCGUGUGAAGAGCCUGCUGGUCACCCUGCUCUCCCAGCCCUGA